GACCAAAAUAUUUUUUUCCCGUUUUAGGUGAGCCAAGGCAUCUGAUCCCAGAUUCCACCGAUUCGGCGACCCCCCCUCCUCUCUCUCGUUCUCUUUCUAUCAACUCUUUAUUUUUUUUUUCUUUAUUUUUCUUUUGCACAGAAGGAACAUAUAUUUAUUAUAUUCUUUUCUUUGGUAAGAAACAUAUUUAUAUAUCCUCUCCCUUUCUUCCCAGAAACUAUUGUAUCCUCACCCCGUGUUUUCGACCGUGUCUGAUUUCUCAUUUCUCUGUAGUCUGUACCAAUCCGUUUCUUUAGUUUUCUCGAAAGCGGCGUUUGAUCGUGUUUCUAGGGUUAGGGUUUUAUUUUUCUUUCGAUCCUUUUUUUUUUGUUAUUGUAAUUAUUUUAUUCUUUCGUGCCUGGGGAUCGAACCUCCCGUUGCAGGGAGGGGGAAAUUAUGGGUAGCGAUGGAGAUUCCGGUGAUGCGGCCGAUUCGGGUGUUGGCGGUGGAGUUAACGUUAACAUACGAUGCUCCAACGGCUCGAAGUUCUCGGUGCAGGUUAACCUUGAAUCGACGGUUGGGGCAUUUAAAACUGUUCUCGCGCAGAAUUGCGAUAUCCCUGCUGAGCAGCAGCGGUUGAUUUACAAGGGUCGGAUCUUGAAAGACGAUCAAACCCUAGAAAGCUACGGUUUGCAGGCGGAACACACUGUUCACAUGGUUCGUGGUUUUGCCCCAUCUGCAUCAACCAACACUGCUGCUGCCUCCAAUGUUGGAGGUCCAAACACCACCACUGGUGUCACUAGGGGUGUUAGUUCCACUGAAGGUGGUGGCUUUGGGGGAGUUGGUCUUGGAACAUCACUAUUUCCUGGAUUUGGUAUCAAUGGACUGGGUGGCAGUGGGGCAUCUGGUUUAUUUGGAGCUGGACUUCCUGAAUUUGAACAAGUACAACAGCAGCUGACACAGAACCCAAACAUGAUGAGGGAAAUAAUGAACAUGCCUGUAAUUCAGAACCUAAUGAAUAACCCUGACCUGAUGCGCAACUUGAUUAUGAGCAAUCCUCAAAUGCGUGAUAUAAUUGAUCGUAAUCCUGAUCUUGCUCACAUACUUAAUGAUCCCAGCACACUAAGGCAGACAUUAGAAGCUGCAAGGAACCCUGAACUCAUGCGGGAGAUGAUGCGGAACACUGACAGGGCAAUGAGCAAUAUUGAAUCUUCUCCAGAAGGUUUCAAUAUGCUUAGGCGCAUGUAUGAAACAGUUCAGGAACCAUUUUUGAAUGCAACAACCAUGGCUGGAGAUAAUGGAAAUGAUCUGGGGUCAAACCCGUUUGCAGCACUUCUAGGGAACCAAGGUGCUGGCCAUGCUAGAGAUCGAUUGGCCAACCCUUCAACCACUGGUUCUGAAACAACCACUGGGUCUCCUGCACCAAAUACUAAUCCACUACCUAACCCAUGGAACAGCACUGGUGCUGGAGCUGGACAAACAAACACAACUAUGAGGUCAAAUCCUGUUGUGAAUGCAAGGGCACCUGGUAUUGGUGGUUUAUCUUCUCCUGGUCUUCCAGAGAUGGAACGGAUGUUUGGUGGUAUGCAGGAUCCCUCUCUAUUAAACCAGUUUAUGCAAAAUCCAGCUGUGUCACAAAUCAUGCAAAAUCUCCUUUCCAACCCUCAGUAUAUGAAUCAGAUUCUUGGUCUGAAUCCACAACUGCGCAGCUUAAUGGAAUCAAACUCUCAGUUAAGAGAAAUGAUGCAGAACCCGGAAUUUCUUCGUGAAUUGACUUCUCCUGAGACAAUGCAGCAAGUUUUAUCUUUGCAGCAGGCGCUUCUGUCUCAGCUUGGUCGGCGACAGUCAACCCAGGAGCUAGGUCAGACUGGUUCAGGUGCAGGAGCGCCGAACAAUACGGGAUUGGAGUUGUUGAUGAACAUGUUUGGUGGGCUUGGUGCUGGUGGUUUGACUGUUCCCAAUACACCUGAUGUGCCACCUGAACAACUUUAUGCGACCCAGCUGUCACAGCUUCAAGAAAUGGGUUUCUUUGACACCCAAGAAAAUAUCCGUGCAUUGAGUGCUACUGCGGGGAAUGUCCAUGCUGCAGUGGAGCGACUGCUAGGAAACCCGGGUCAGUAGUAGAUUUAUCUCAUCUGGUAUGUUUAUAAUUAGUCUGCGUCACUCAUUUGGGCCUGUAAGAUGAGCCAGUUUGGACACAGUUCCAGUUUCGUAAGAUGGCAGAUCAACGUGCGGGCACACAUUCCAAUCCCAUUUUGGCCAUUAAUAAGUAACACACUACUAUUAUUCUAAGAGUUAUCUUGUUGGUGACUUGGUGUAGACUUUGAAUUAUCGGACCAGUAGCCUGCCUCUCUCUCUCUCUCUCUUGAGAGAUGAAGACUCGUUAUCUUGUAUAUACACAUUUCUAAGAUUUGGCUUGUGAAUUGUUUGCCGGAAUUAUGGGCACAUAUUUUGUUCAUUGUUCCUGCUUUUCUUUAUUUCCACAUACAAUUUAUUUUCUUUUUUGUGCUAGCACUUCUGAAAAAAUUUAAGUUCAUAUUUGUAUAUAACCGGAUGGUGGUUGGACUUGAUUUUUCUGAUCCCCAUCAGAGUCUGACUUUACCGGUUA